GUAGCGCUAGCGCCACCACACUUCCCAGAGCUUGGAGUCAAAACACACAAGCCACUAGGAGAGGCAGUCAAAGAGAAGGACAGUGAGGCAAGACGGAGGGGGAGCAGGCAGUUACAGGGAGUUUUUGUUCAGGUGCAACUUUUACUUGGUUGAGUGGGAUGUUCCAGUACUUGUUUUUCUCCUUCUGUAUCUAUGUCAAGUUACAGCCAAUAUCUUCAGUGGCCCUGGAUCCUUGCUCUGCCUAUAUCAGCCUGAAUGAGCCUUGGAGGAACACUGAUCACCAGAUAAAUGGUUCCCGUGACCAGCCUACAUGCGAUAGCCACAUUGAUGGGGAGUGGUACCGUUUCACUGGCAUGGCUGGCGAUGCCAUGCCUACCUUCUGCAUCCCAGAGAACCACUGCGGGACGCAUGCCCCCAUCUGGCUAAACGGCAGCCACCCUAGGGAGUUGGAUGGCAUUGUCCAAAGACAAGCCUGUGCGAGUUUCAAGGGGAACUGCUGCCUUUGGGACACCACGAUUGAUGUUAAGGCAUGUCCCGGCGGGUAUUAUGUCUACCGCUUAACCAAGCCUAGUGUCUGCUUCCAUGUGUACUGUGGGCAUUUCUAUGAUAUCUGUGAUGUGGUGGAUUGCCAUGGCUCCUGCUUGGAUACCGGAGACUGCAUGUGUUCCUUGGGGACUACACUGGGACCUGAUGGACAGACCUGUCUUGAUGAGAAUGAAUGUGAACAGGAUAAUGGAGGUUGCAGUGAGUUUUGUGUGAAUCUGAAGAACUCCUAUCGCUGCGAAUGUGGAAUCGGGCGAACGCUGGGAAAGGAUGGUAAAACCUGUGAAGAAAUUGAAGGUUGCCACAAUAACAAUGGAGGCUGCAGCCACACCUGCAUUGCAGUGGAAGACACAUACCAGUGUGAGUGCCCCAGGGGGCUUGUUCUGUCAGAGGACAACCACAGCUGCCAAGUUCCAGUGCUGUGCAAGUCCACCUCCAUUGAGGUGAGCAUCCCCAAGGAUCUGGUUGGAGGGCUGGAUCUUUCGCUCAUCAAUGCUUCCUGCAAAGGAGUAUCCAAUGGCACUCAUGUCAACAUCAACUUCUCUUUGAAGUCCUGUGGCACUGUUGUAGAUGUAGCAAAUGAUAAAAUCAUUGCUACCAAUAUGGUGACCGGCUUGCCCAAGCAGACACCUGGCAGUAAUGGGGACAUAAUCGUCCGCACCAGCAAGCUGCUGAUCCCUGUGACCUGUGAGUUCCCCCGUCAGUACACCAUCUCUGAGGGCUACGUCACCAACCUGAAGAACUCCCCUCUGGAAAUCAUGAGCCGCAACCGGGGCGUCUUCCCCUUUACCCUCGAGAUCUUCAAAGACAAAGAGUUUGACGAGCCCUACAGGGAUUCUCUUCCCACCCUCAAGCUUCGUGACUCGCUGUAUUUUGGGAUCGAGCCCAUGGUGCACGUGAGUGGGCUAGAGACACUGGUGGAGAGCUGCUUCGCCACCCCCACCUCAAAAAUUGAUGAGAUCCUGAAGUACUACUUAAUUCAAGACGGCUGUGUUUCUGAUGACUCCGUGAAACAAUACACGUCAAAGGAUCAUCUUGCUAAGCACUUCCAGGUCCCUGUGUUCAAGUUUGUGGGUAAAGACAACAAGGAAGUGUUCUUGCACUGCCGCAUCCUUGUGUGUGGCGUGCUGGACGAGAGGUCUCGCUGUGCCCAGGGGUGUCGGAGACGAAUGCGCAGGUCAGCUGGGAUGGAGGAAGAGGAGGAGGAAACCAGUCACAUGGCAAACCAUAUCCUGACAGGUGGCCCCAUUAGAAUCGACAUGGAUGAGUAGCACUCUCUCACCAUCACAGUGUACUACCCAAGAACCUGCCCUCCCUCCCUACUGAGGUUUUGUCGCAUGGGUUUUGAUGAUGCAAAAAAGGUGUUUGGUAAAGUCCUGCAUGAGCCUAUUAUCUUGUUUCAUAACAGCCUGACAGUUAUUUACUUUUGUGAAGCUAUAUUAGACACAAGAGGCAGCCCCUCCAUAUGUAAUCUGAUCAGCUGUGUAAUACAGUUGUGCCUGCAUUCCUGUCAAUUAAAGGGAGACAUUUCAGUUAUAGGCCCAAAAUGUUACCUGCCUUCAUUUUUCUGAUCUCCGUUUACAAACUUCACAAUGUUUAAACACAUUUUGAACCAUGUCGCUAAUGCUUUAUUUUCCAAGGACAAUACAAACAGUGCCAGGAGCCCGACACACAUACUGAACAACUCCUGUGAUAAGGCUGUGUGUGCAGUGAGUAGGUGGAGAGUGUGACAUCAAGGUUCUGAAGGGUGGUUAUUAAAAUACAUAUAAAUAUAUAUCUCAAAUAUGCAGACUCCUUGAAGCUGUGAAAGAACAGUAAUAUGCAGCUAAAGCUCAGAAUUGUUGCAGGCAAAUGUGCAUAUUUUAAAAUAAUGAUUUCAUAAAAUUAGUUUUAUAUUUUCCUCUGACAAUUACAUACAUUUUUUACAAUAUGUUUCUCUCUAUUUAGUGUAUCAUUUCUUCAUCUCUCUUCCCCCUAAUCCUGUCCCACUGCCCCACUAAUUUGGUGAUAUGUGGUGCAUUUUGUAAGUGGUGUGACACCUUAAUUGUAAAAAAAUUAAAAAUCUCAAAACUAA